UUUUUUCACUCCGCCGGACUCUGAUUUAUGGGUUGCUAUACUUUUGAAGUAAACAACGAAAGACUGCGAGUUUUGGUGACAAAUUUAUCGCGCAUGAAAAAAAAACUAAAAAUAAGGAUUUAAAAAUAAAUACGCAGCGUAAUUCUCAUCCAGACACUCGGGAGUUAUGAAUUGGGCGGCCCGAUUGUGGAGCAGAACUCUGCGUAAUAGUUUUUCCACCCUGAUCGAAGCAAGCAUCGAAAAGCCCUGUCAUCUGGUGUCCGUCGCGUGUGGAUUCCCAAAAAAUAUUUUGCGUUCCAAAUACAAACUUGGCAAGUUUGGCGAUGAUGCUUGGUUCAUAACGGCUACAAAUAAGGCAGAUAUAAUCGGUGUUGCUGACGGCGUAGGAGGAUGGCGCAGUUACGGUAUAGAUCCCGGCGAAUUUGCUUCGUUUUUAAUGAAGACUUGCGAGCGAUUGGUACUAUGCGCAAACUUCAACCCUACAAGUCCAGUUAGUCUGCUGUCUCAUAGCUAUUGUGAACUAUUAGAAAAUAAGAGGUCAAUUUCGGGUAGCAGCACAGCUUGCGUACUAAUCUUGAAUCGUGAAAACAGCACGUUGUAUACGGCGAACAUUGGAGACAGUGGUUUCAUAGUAGUUCGUGGUGGCCAGAUUGUCCAUCGCAGCGAAGAGCAGCAACACUAUUUCAAUACGCCAUUUCAGCUUUCGCUGCCACCUCCUGGCUUAGAUAAUGUACUCAGCGAUAGACCAGAAUCGGCAGAUACAAUGAACUUCCCGGUGGAAAGGGGAGACAUUAUUCUGGUUGCAACAGAUGGAGUAUUCGAUAACGUUCCUAUGAAGCUGUUAGUGGAUACAUUGAGCGAGGUCGAAGGUGAACAUGACCCAGUAAAACUUCAAAUGUGUGCAAACUCAAUCGCGUUGAUUGCCCGAUCGUUAUCUUUCGAUAGCGAUUUCAUGUCACCAUUUUCUAUAAAUGCACGGCGUAACAACAUUAAUACUAUGGGUGGAAAACCGGACGACAUUACGGUCGUUUUAGCAUCUGUUGUGAUAUAAACCAUAACGUUAUAGAUAGAUAAUAAAAACCUUCAUCGCGUCGUUCUUUCAAAUAAAUAUAUACCUAGUGGAAA